GUGUUUUGUUGACGGUUGUCGCUGCAUAGUGCACAAUGAAUUCACGAGCUUAUACAGGAGCUGGUGCAAUGUCAUCGCCUCGCUAGCAGGCAGCAAACUGGAGGGGUAAAACACCUGGACCGGACAUCAUUGAGUUAACUAAUGCAGGCCGAGCCUCGAUAGUGUUGGCGAAGGAAGAAGAAGCCCCGCUGUGAUGCUUUUGUCAUCGGUUUAACAAAAAAAGGAGGAAUCGUAUUCACCUCUACAAGAACAGGGACCGGGAAGUUAAUGUAUCGAAACCUGCUUUGAGGCUGACUGGACUGUGUCCUGUGUACCGCUCAAAAAUGGCUAUCGCGCGACAAUUUGGACUACUUGUGUGGAAAAAUUAUCUUCAGCAGAAACGUCAAAUCCUGGUAACUCUGGUGGAGAUACUGCUGCCCCUGCUCUUCUCCUGCAUCCUCAUUGUGCUACGUCACAAAGUGCCUUUUAAGAACUACCCCAAUGUCACGGUCUACGAGUGCUACGACGUUAACAAACUACCACCGAUGGGCUUUCAUUUAAAACACUCUCAGCUGGCCUACGUGCCCGGUAACUCGAGUGUGGUGCGUCAGGUUGCAGAGGAUGUGCGAGGAAGCCUCAGCAUCUCUUCAGUGCGUGGCUUUGAGACAGAGGAGCAGUUUGAGGACUACGUAAGAAAUGACCCUCAGUCAGGAAAGCUGCUGGCUGCCGUGGUGUUUGAGCAUCCUUUCACCCAUGAUGACGAACCUCUGCCCCUAAAGGUGAGCUACCACCUGCGUUUCAGCUUCACCCCACUUAACGCCCCUUCCAAAGAGAGGUCGGAGCUGAACCCAAACAGUGACCUGGACUGGCACACGCUCAGCCUCUUUCCCCUCUUUCAACUGCCAGGGCCGAGGGAGCAGUACGACAAGGAGGGGGGCACGCCUGGUUAUUUCCGAGAGGGAUUUCUUGCUGUUCAACAUGCAGUGGACCGAGCCAUCAUGCGCUCUUACAACAGAACGUCUGCCGCUCUGCUGCGACAGAUCAGAGUUGUCCUGUCACGGUUUCCUUACCCCGCCUUUAUAUAUGACGUCUUCAUCCUGGCCAUUCAGAACCAACUGCCCCUAAUACUGGUGCUCAGCUUUACCUACACCUCCCUCAACAUAGUGCGAGCCGUGGUGCAGGAGAAGGAAAGGAAGCUCAAGGAGUACAUGAGGAUGAUGGGUCUCAGCAACUGGCUCCACUGGAGCGCCUGGUUCCUCAUGUUCUCCCUCUUCCUCUCCAUUUCAAUCUUUUUUGUCACUGUGCUCCUUUGCGUCCAGAUGAGCCCGAACGGAGCAGUGCUGACCCACAGUGACCCCACGCUGGUCUUUGUCUUCCUGCUCUUCUUCACUGUGGCCACCAUCAACUUCAGCUUCAUGAUCAGUGCCUUCUUCUCACGAGCCAACGUGGCGGCAGCAGCAGGCGGCUUCAUCUAUUUCCUGAGCUACCUGCCUUAUUUGUUCCUGUGGCCACGCUACGACUUAAUGAGCCAUGCGCAGAAGGUGUCAGCCUGCCUCAUCUCCAACGUCGCCAUGUCCAUGGGAGCUCAGCUCAUAGGAAUGUUUGAAGGCAAAGGAACGGGCAUCCAUUGGUCCAACUUGUUCGACUCUGUGACGGUGGAUGAUGACUUUUCCAUGGGCCAGGUGUUGGGCAUGCUGCUGUUUGACUCUGUGCUCUAUGGGUUGGUGGCCUGGUACAUGGAGGCCGUUUUUCCCGGCGAGUACGGAGUGCCUCUACCGUCUUACUUCUUCGUACUGCCUUCAUACUGGUGCAGCAGCCCCCGCAUGGCUUUGUUGAAUGAGAAAGAGGAAGAGGAGGAUGCAGAGAAGGCUCUGAAAGGGGAGUUUAUAGAAGAGGAGCCAGCUGGACUCAUCUCUGGGAUCAAAAUAAAACACCUCGCUAAGGAAUUCAAAGUGGGCAACAAGACGCGGCAGGCUGUGCGGGAUCUCACGGUGAACAUGUUCGAGGGACAGAUCACUGUGCUGCUCGGACACAACGGUGCUGGGAAGACCACGACACUGUCCAUGCUGACAGGACUGUUUCCUCCCACCAGCGGCAGAGCCUACAUCAACGGCUACGACAUCUGUCAGGACAUGGCUCUUAUCCGCCGCAGUCUGGGACUCUGUCCCCAGCAUGACGUCCUGUUUGAUAACCUUACUGUCAGAGAGCACCUGCUCUUCUACGCACAGCUGAAAGGCUUCUCCAGAGACAAGAUUCCAGACGAGGUAGACCGGAUCAUCCGUAUCCUGAACCUCGAGGACAAACGACAGGCUCGCUCCAAGACCCUCUCUGGUGGCAUGAAGAGAAAACUCUCUAUUGGCAUUGCCCUCAUCGGAGACUCCAAGGUGGUGAUGUUGGAUGAGCCCACGUCAGGUAUGGACCCAUCAGCCAGACGUGCCACCUGGGACCUUCUGCAGGGGGAGAAGCGCGGUCGCACCAUCCUGCUCACCACACACUUUAUGGACGAGGCCGACCUGCUCGGCGACCGCAUCGUCAUCAUGGCAGGAGGAGAGCUGCAGUGCAGCGGGUCACCGCUCUUCCUUAAGAACAAAUACGGUGCUGGCUACCACAUGGUGAUAGUAAAGGAUGCACUUUGCAACGUUUCCGAGAUCACCCGCCUUGUCCACAUGUACGUUCCUAAUGCCACGCUGGAGAGCAGUGCGGGCGCCGAGCUUUCUUUCAUCUUGCCCAAAGAAAGCACCGGCAGGUUUGAGCUGCUGUUUGCUGAGCUAGAGAUGAACAGAAAGGAGCUGGGCAUCGCCAGCUACGGAGCUUCAGUAACCACUAUGGAAGAGGUUUUUCUCAGGGUGGGAAAGUUGGUGGAUUCUAGUUUGGACAUCCAGGCAAUCCAGCUGCCAGCCCUGCAGUACCAGCAUGAGAGACGCUCCAAUGACUGGACCACAGAUGACGCCAGCAGCAUGAGCGGCAUGACCGACGUCACUGACUUCACAGACAGCGGCACGCUCAUCUCAGAGGACUGCUCCAACAUCAAGCUGAACACUGGGGCCAGACUACACCUGCAACAGUUCUAUGCCAUGUUCCUGAAGAGAGCGCUGUACAGCUGGAGAAACUGGAAGGUGAUGGUGGCUCAGUUCCUGGUCCCUUUAAUCUUCACCGUUUUGGCCUUAGUUGUGGCACGCACUUUUCCCAAUAACAGAGACGCUACUCAGCUGAGGCUGGCACUCAGCAGUUAUGGCUCUACUAGGGUCCCUGUGGCUCUGCAGCCCGGGGGGGGGGCCCUGGCCUCUGCCCUGGCAAACGCAUACAGUUCACAGCUCUCCUCCCAGCACGGCCAGCUCAUCAAUGUCACGGACUUCACUGAUUACAUCCUGACCCAGGCAGAGGAAGAAGGCGGCAGCUUUAAUGAGCGCUGUGUGGUGGGUGCUGCUUUCCGUGGCAUCCACGACAAAUACGCAGAAGCAACAGCCUACUUCAACAACGAGGGCUACCAUACGCCCGCCACAGCCCUCAUGAUGGUGGACAACGCUCUGUUCAAACUUCUCGCGGGACCGAAUGCUUCCAUCCAGACAGGCAACUACCCAAUGCCACGCAACAUGUCUGAGAUCGCCAAGAGCCAGCUCACAGAGGGAAGAACGGGCUUCAUCAUUGCCAUUAACCUGAUGUACGGUAUGGCCUCCCUGUCCAGCACAUUUGCCCUGCUGCUCGUAACAGAGUCCGCUAUCAAAUCCAAGCAUGUGCAGCAGGUCAGCGGUGUCUACCUGUCAAACUUCUGGUUCUCUGCCCUGCUGUGGGACCUGUUCAACUUCCUGCUGCCCUGUCUCCUCAUGCUGGUGGUUUUUCAGGCAUUCGGAGUCCAGGCUUUCGUAGACAACAACCACCUGGUAGAUGUGUUGUUUUUACUGCUGCUGUAUGGCUGGGCUGUUGUGCCUCUCAUGUACCUGCUCAGCUUCCUCUUCUCCAGUGCCGCUACUGCCUACACACGCCUCACCAUCUUCAACAUAAUCUCUGGCACGGCCACCUUCCUGUCUGUCACCAUCAUGACCAUCCCAGAGUUGAAUCUGAAGGACAUGUCGCACUUGCUGGAUAAGGUAUUCCUGAUCUUCCCAAACUAUUGCCUAGGCAUGUCCUUCUCCCAGUUCUACCAGAACUACGAAUUCAUCUCGUUCUGCACCUUCAGUCCGCCAAUCAGCCAGAAAGUGUGCAAGAUCUUAAACAUCACGUACCAGACGAACUACUUCUCUAUGUCGGAGCCUGGUGUGGGACGCUUCCUCGUGGCCUUCUCCCUGCAGGGUUUCGUCUUCAUCAUUCUGCUGUUUGUCAUCGAGCUGCAGUGUGUCCGCACUCUACGGCGACUCCUCACCUCCCUGUGCAGAAGACACAAACGGUUACCUCUAAUAGAGGACGCAGCACUGCUUCCAGAAGACAGGGAUGUGGCCGAAGAGAGGAAGAGGGUACUGGAGUGUCAGGCAAUAGUAGAGUCUAUGAUCGGCAGCCCGCUCGUAAUACAGGAGCUCAGCAAGGUGUACAGCAGCGGGACAAACCUUCUGGCUGUGGACAGGCUGUCUUUAGCUGUAGGGAAAGGGGAGUGUUUCGGCCUCCUGGGCUUUAACGGAGCAGGCAAGACCACAACCUUCAAGAUGUUGACAGGUGAUGAGAGUGUCACCUCCGGGGAUGCUUACAUUGAUGGAUACAGCAUCUUGAGGGACAUCAAAAAGGUGCAGCAGCGCAUUGGUUACUGCCCUCAGUUUGACGCAGUGUUGGACCACAUGACAGGAAGAGAAACUCUGAGUAUGUAUUCCAGGCUCAGAGGAAUACCGGAGAGAUACGUGUGUGGCUGCGUGGAGAAUGUCCUGAGGUCGCUGCUGCUGGAGGCUCAUGCUGAUAAACUGAUCCGCAGCUACAGUGGCGGUAACAAGCGGAAGCUGAGUGCAGGCAUGGCUCUGAUUGGUGGGCCUCCGGUCAUCUUCCUGGAUGAGCCUUCGACCGGAAUGGACCCCGUGGCCAGGAGGCUGUUGUGGGACGCUGUUACACGCACACGGGAGUCUGGAAAGGCCAUAAUCAUCACUUCUCAUAGUAUGGAGGAGUGUGAGGCUCUGUGUACCAGGCUGGCAGUGAUGGUCAACGGUCAGUUCAAGUGCCUUGGGAGUCCCCAACACCUGAAGAGCAAGUUCGGCAGUGGCUACACCCUGCUGGCCAAAGUACACAUAGAGGCCGAGCUGGAGGACAGUGACCUGCAGCUUUUUAAAGACUUUAUCGAAAGUACCUUCCCAGGAAGUCAACUAAAGGAUGAGCACCAGGGAAUGGUGCACUAUCAUUUGACUGACAAAACGCUCACCUGGGCACAGGUGUUUGGCACUUUGGAGGCAGCCAAAGAGAAAUACCAGAUUGAAGACUACUGCGUGAGCCAGAUAUCACUGGAGCAGGUGUUCCUCAGCUUUGCCCAGUUCCAGCACUGCACAGAGAGUGAGAGGAAGUAGGUGGAGAGGGGAAUCCGUCCAUCCAUUGUCCAUUUUCUACGUGUGUGUGUGUGUGUGUGUGUGUGUGUGUGUGUGUGUGUGUGUGAGAGACAGCAGGUGUGUACACAGGCUGGAGCAGAUUUUACCUCCAGCUCCAUUUUCUUUCCUUGACCACAUACUCACACAACCGCACUGGGCCAGUCGCAUCAACAUUUAUUACUGUAUCACGUCCGUGUGUCUUUGUUGGGGUAAUCAUGCCGUUUUUUAAUGUGACGGGGAAGUAGUACUAUCGGGAUUAUGAUUUGGGGGGGAUGAUGAUUAUACCAAGUAAUGAACUGAGUUCUGCACCUUCUUUUCUUUUCUUUUUUGUGAGGUCAAAGACAAUGCUCAUUAGAUACUCCAGCUCUGAAUUGUGUGUGUGUGUGUGUGUGUGCACUUAUGCGUGUACAGCUUGUCUUUUUUUUUUUUGUUAUUUAUGAUUGUAUUUUAUUAAUUAUGUUUCCAAGAAUUAGUGCUUUUUUUCUGUGAUCGUCAAUCAUCACAAGAGUAUAAACCACUCCAUUUAAUACGUGUAUGAAAUCACGUAAUCAUGAAAACACCUUUGCGCCUUAUCUAGCUAAUGAGGGUUCUUGUUUCUUUAUAUUGCCCUGUACAAAAUGCCUGGUUAUCCUUAAGAGCCUCUUAAUGUUGUUGCCAGAUGUAUAUAAUGUAACGUGUUCAUGGUACUAAAAACCACUUAUUCAGAACAUUUACUCAUUUAAAAACUGUUUUGGGCACAUUAUUGAAUGCAUGUAUACGAUACGAUUUACAGAGUGCAUGAUACUGGAAGAGCACAGAGCUGCUAGCAAUUACUAGAAGACCGCCCUUAUUGAGGAUUACUCCUCCAGAGUACAUUCAGUCCAGUCUGAGUACAUUUUAAUACGCCUCUCCAUUGUCCAGGUCUUGUGAACCAAUGUUUCGGUUUUCCUGCCAAACAAGUUACAUCCACAGUGUGUAACCACUGUGAUAUCCAGCCAUGACAGUUUACACGGAAGCUAUUUAGAAAGAAAACAGAGUGACGCAGGAGAUUAUUUUCAAAUGUUGCAACAAAAUGGGAUGUCUUGACUUCAAAUCAAGUUGUAUCAGACUGCAUGUGGUUGAUUUAGGCCUACAAAUGGCAAGACUGUAAUGACUGUGUGUGUGUGAGUAAGUAUGGGAAAAACAUGAUUUCUGAUUUCAUUCAGAACUAAAAUACUGCUAUGAAAGUACGUAAAGGUCAAAACCAAGAGAUUGACUUUAUUGCUGUGUCAUCUUUAAUGUAGAGAUGUUCCUUCAGGGAACGCCAGGAAAUGCAAUAAAAAGGCCCAACAAUGGUAUAGAUGGUGAAAAUGUAACUAAAUCUUCUGCCUACAAAUAGAUGCCUUCUGAGGAAGAAUGAUCAGCGCAAUGUUUGUUCAUUUUUUUAUUUGGAUGUGCUACAAUGAGAGCGUGCCCAAUGUAUCAGUCUUAACGCUUUGUUUGUACUUUAAACAAGAUGUAAAAAGAUUCAUGUAGGAAUAUUUAGAAUAACAUUUGAGGUUUAAAAAAAUGAAUCCUACACAUAUUGAUGAGAAAUAGAUUCUAAGUUUUCUUGCUUUUCAUCCAUGUUAAAGAUUACUAUUAUAAUCUGGGAUGAAUCAGCAAUCGCAUUAUUUUAAGUGUACAAAUGACAUUCCUACUCUUGGAAAUCACUCUUACUUUGCAGAAGGGAGAUGAAUGUAUUCACUGUCUCUCAUGAAAUCAAAAAGCAUGCACAGUAAUCAACUUUAUUAACUGCUUCAUAUGAUUUACAGAGCUUUUUUUAUGUGUGUGUGUGUGUGAGUGAGUGAAGGGUUAGACUGACAUUCCAGAAAGACAUGGAUAUGUGGCUUAUUGGUCUUAAAAGGAUUUAACCUCCUAAUGUUGACCUUUUGUUACAUUUGUGUGUGUAUUUGCACAAUUCUUUCUCAUUACAUGUAUGACUUUAGUCAAUUGCAAUGUUGGAUACGUAGUUUGAGGAGAAGUCUAAAGAUUUUGAUGCUGAUAUUGAGUUAUUCUGAAUUCGUAAUCCUAUUUAAAAAGGGAAUUCACGUCAUUGUAAUUGUGUACCAUGAAACUGACCAUUUCAACUGUAUAUGUAUCGCUAUUCUUUUUUUAAAAUUAAAUAAUGCUCUAUGCAAA